AUGGGAGGAAUCACCCAAAGACCUUGGACACCGACCAAACGAAGAGGUCAAAUCGCCGCAGAAUUCAGCGGUCCAGGGCCGGCUUGCGUGUCUCUGCCUUCCUCCAUAGGCAGGAGAGCCUUGGAAUCGAAAACCGAGCGGGCGCCCGCGUUCAGUUUCGGUUCGAGGCAAAACGGGAGAUUGGACACGGUCGGGCCCGGACCUGGCCAAUACAACAUAUCCGGAAUGAGCGCUAAAGGGAAAGACACCCCGCCGUCUUUGAGCCUGCACAGCCGGCCGAAGGAGCCGAAACCGGACAAUUUCCCGGCUCCGGGCGAUUACAAUCCGGACAAAGCGGAGAAGGCUAUACACGACGAUUCGCCCAAGUACACCUUUGGGCUGAAGACGAACAUGGGAAAAGCUGGAGACACUCCAGCCCCUAACGUGUACAACAUACCCUCGGUGGUGGGCACCGGCGGAGCGCCGGCCUACACCAUAUCGGGCAGGACGAAAGAGCCGCUGGACGAGCGCGUGAAAAACCCGGCGCCCGGCCAAUACAACAACGUGUUCCCGGAAUUGUACAAAAACUCCCCGGCCUACACGAUCAGCGGCAGAGUGAACGUCCCGCGGGACGAUCACAUUCCCGGACCGGGCGUGUAUUCCCCGGAAAAGGUUAUCUCGCAUUUGAGGCACGCGCCUUGCCAUUCCUUCGGCAUACGCCACUCGCCCUAUUUGGGCUCCCAGUUGGGCUGUUUGAGGCGGGAAAAAACCACGUGGUUGUUUUAA